AUGGAAGCACAAGAGAGUCCGGUGUCGGUGGUGGGGGGAAGAGGCCGGCUGCCCAACCCAGUCAUAAUGGAAGAGGUCCGGAGUCCUGCUGCAGAACAUACCAUAGGCAAAGGAGAAGAGGCCUUGAAGGACGUUCUCUGUGGAUCUGCGGCUGGAGUUGUCGGGAAGUACAUUGAGUACCCUUUUGACACGGUCAAGGUUCGGCUGCAGUCGCAGCCCGACCAGGUGCCACUCCGCUACACCGGUCCACUGGACUGCUUCAAGAAGUCUUUACAACAGGAUGGCUUCCUUGGAAUAUACCGAGGAAUCAGUGCGCCUCUGGUAGGAGCUGCUGUAGAGACAAGCACAUUGUUUUUCAGUUACCGCCUGGCUGGCGAUGCCCUCAAGUCUUCGGGAUUUUAUCCUGAACUAAAGAGACACCCAGAGCGAGACCUGCCCUAUUCUGGCAUGCUCUUUUGCGGAAUGAUCGCAGGCGCCAUCACAUCACUCUUCCUAACACCGAUUGAACUCGUUAAAUGUAAGAUGCAAGUUCCCCUAGAAACGAGCGGUAACGUCGUGGCCGCACCAACCAUCAGAGGAGUCAUUGCUUCUAUCUAUCGCCACCAGGGCCUCAAAGGCUACUGGCACGGACAAUUUGGAACCUUGAUCCGUGAGACAGGAGGCGGCGCGGCGUGGUUUGGUGGUUACGAAGGCAUGAAGAUACUGUUCAAGGGCUCCAGCACUUCAGCCAAGGACGAAGAUCUUCCCGUCUGGCAGCGCAUGGCCUCCGGUUCUGUUGCAGGCGGAGCCUACAACUUCAUGUUCUACCCUGCGGACACGAUCAAGUCGAGAAUGCAGACGGAAGAUGUCAAGCAAUUGACUGGCGGAAAGUCGACAUUCAGCGCUGUAGGAAAGGCGGUUUGGAAGCAACAUGGUAUCAAAGGCAUGUACCGUGGUUGCGGUAUCACAGUUGCGAGAUCCAUACCUAGUUCUGCGUUCAUCUUUACCGUAUAUGAAGAGCUAAAGAAGCGAUGGCCUACUCGACGGGUAGACGUUUCUGCGACCGUAAAAGGUAGCGGCAAACGUCAUCGCAACGCGCGCGCUGGACCGAGGCUCUUCUUCGCCGGACGCAAGCAAACCACGACAGAACACAACUCUCAGGCUGCGCUCGACAGGAUUGUGCUAGAUCCAAAGUACCACGAUAUCCUCACACUGGUAAAAGGUGUAAGGAAUGGCAUUGUGUAUGGGAGUAAAGUGCGCUUUCCGCAUGCGCUUGUAAUGAUCUUCCUCUUCAGAUCUGGAAGUUUCCGAUCCAAAUGCUUGCUCGUCUACAAAGCGACUCGCCAACACGCCCGUAACCUCGGUCUCUUCGCCCUCGUCUACAAAUCCUGUAUGAUUUUCCUCCGACACGCGUCCCCGACCGGCAAAGAGAGACACUACGAUUCCUUCCUCGCCGGUCUGCUAGGCGGCUACACCGUCUUUGGUCGCACAAUUCACAAUUCCGUGUCUCAGCAAAUCGUCAUAUACGUAGCUGCACGCGUAUUGUUAGCAUUGGCAAAGCUAGCAGUACAACCACGGCAGGUCGGAGGCGGAGUUAGUGGACAAGGAGUUCAAGGAGGUGCUGGUGGAUGGGAGCUGUUCGGCAACGGCGAGAUGAGGAGAACGAUGGCGAAGAAUGGAUGGCCUGUUUUUGCCAGUCUGAGUUGGGCGAUGGUUAUGUAUAUUUUCAGGUGGCAUCCUGAGGCUGUGCAGAGCAGUUUGAGGAGUAGUAUGAGUUAUAUUUACGUUCAGUCGGACGACUGGAAUUCGCUACGGACGUUGCUUUGGCAUAACAAAUGA